AUGACAAGCCGAUGGCUCCUAGUACUGGUCGUAAUAGUGGUGCUGCUAUGUCAAGUCGGCGUCUAUUACCUGCAAGCGUGGCGAUGUGAGCUGCAAAUUCAGUCUAAUGCAAUCGAUUCCAAAGAUUUGCUCACAGUCCUGAUCGUGACCGAUGUGCAUUUGCUGGGAAAUAGGCGACGCACAUGGGUCGAGCGUUUGUGGGUGGACUGGCAGGUGUACGCGUCUGCUAGGGCAGCAGUGGACGUACACAAUCCAGAAAUAGUUCUCGUGUUGGGCGACCAAUUCGAUGAGGGCAGUCGAUGGACACCAACAUCGGAUUGGGACAAAUAUGUUACACGUUUUUUUCGAGCCUUUUCGAGCUUCCUGCCGUUGAAAACGCUGUACCUGGUAGGUAACCACGACACGUCAUUUGGACGGGAUAUGAGGAUGGAGGACUUGAAGCGCUACGAAAUCACGUUUGGGGCGGCAAACCGUAUCGAGGAGAUUAAAGGACAUACGUUUGUGAGUCUCAAUACGAUGGCGCUGGACUUGGACGUGGGAAGCAAAGAGGUGAAGACAGAAGCGAGAAGCUUUCUGGAGCAUAUCAACUUUGACGACCUUCGAGCGCGUACGAAUGGCAGUAUGAUCUUGCUCACACACCUGCCGCUUUUUCGUACAGAUGAUCUAAAAUGCGGACAAGAGCGACUUAGUGAGUCGGCACACGUCACGUACGAGCACCCGGGCUUCAAGUACGAUACCCACCACCAUGUACUCUCACGCGAGCUAUCUGCGGAGCUCCUUGGCAAGAUACAACCAAGCCUAGUGUUGUCAGGUCACACCCAUGCGUGGUGUGCGUAUCAGCACUUCGGCACAUCGACCAUGGAGUAUACCACCCCGGCGUUUUCUUGGGGACAACGCCCCGACCCUAGCUACGCCUUAAUACGGCUAUCUCGCAAUGGUGACGGCAAAGCGGGCGAACCAGAAGUGACGGCUUGUCACUUGCCGCAGGAGCCGUUCAUCUUUGCAACGUACGCUGCCACAGCUGCCAUUAUCCUACUAGCUCAUGUCGUCAGACUUGUACGCGCACUACGUACGCCCAAGGCGAAGGCCAAGGGUGCUUAA